AAAGCGGUACCAUGUUAACGAUUAAAAAAAACGUUUAUACAUUAACGUUACUGUGUGAAGCCAAAUUAUUCGCAAGGAGGAACUAUUCCAAACAUUCCAAUUAUUUACACGGUGCCUUUUAAUGACACGGACCAGAAGCAACAUCUGAAAGCUGUUUUGUUCUGGACGUAAACUAUACUCUUGUUACAUCUCUUCGAAUACGAAACCCCAUCACACGAGAGCCUGAAGCGGCUCACUAGGGAACGAUGAUGCGUUACUGGGGCGAGAUCCCCGGGCCGGCAGGCGCCCCACCGAGCCGCAGCUCCUUCGACCUGCUCCAGCGCGAGUUCCGCUCGGUGGAGAUGCAGGACCCCCCUCUGCACCAGCCCUCGGCCCAGCGGCCCCGGCCCACCACCAUGCUGGACAUUCCCUCUGAGCCCUGCAGUCUCACCAUCCACACAGUGCAGCUAUGCCAGCACACCCGACGCCUCCGCAGUCUCCUGGCUGCAGCCCAGGGGAAAGGUCUGGUCCCCUCGGAGGGUGGUGGUACUGGAGGAAGUAGCAGGCUGGAGGAAGGGGAGGCUCUGCCCCCACGGCCACCCACACCACCGGCCGCCCCCGAUGACCUGCUGCCCCUGGACAGCAAGGCACCCUGGCAGCCCUUCCAGCUCUGCCACAGCGACCCUGAGAGUGACUUUUACAUGGGAAAAGGUGAGCCCGUUACGGAGCUGAGCUGGCCCUCGUGCCGACAGCUCCUGUACCAGUCAGUGGCCACAGUCCUGGCCCACGCCGGCUUCGAGUCGGCCCAGGAGAGCGUGCUAGAGACCCUGACUGACCUGGCCCACGAGCACUACCUGCGCCUCAGCCGACUGCUGCGCACGGCCGCGGACCGCGAGGCCCGCCUGGGCGCCACGCCCUUCCCGGACGUGGUAGAGCAGGUGUUCCACGAGGUGGGCAUCGGCAGCGUGCUGGCCCUGCAGCGCUUCUGGCAGGUGCGCAUCAAGGACUACCACAGCCACAUGCUCCAGGUCAGCAAGGAGCUGUCGGAGGAGUACGAGCGGCUGGUGAACCCUGAGAAGGCCCUGGAGGACUCCAAGCCCCCGCGGAUCAAAGAGGAACCAAUGAAUGACAUUGCCUUCCCCAUCAGCGAGGAGCCAGAGGCGGACCAGGCCUCUGGGGAUCAGGCCCUCCCCAUGGGGGUUCUGGGGGCCCCAAACGAGAGGCUGGCUGGGGGCCUGGAGGGGGAACACUCACCACACACCUCAGGCGGCGGAGUUGCCAUCAGCUCCCCCUUGUGGCACCUGUCGCAGGUGAAGAUGGAGCCCCAGGACAGCGAAGAGGGCCAGGUGUCAGGCCACGGGGUACUGGGAGGUGAUGUGUUCGAGGAGGGAGGGCCGAUGUCCACCAUGAGCGAGGCAGAUGGCAUGGCGCCCUCGCCCGGAGGGGCAGCGUCGGAUGGCAGCUACGCCUCGCACUCUCCCGACUCACUCAUGGGCACGUCACCUGUUUUCAACCAGAGGCCCAGGAAGCGCAUGAAGAAGAUAUGAGGAGCCUCACGGAGGUAGCCAUUUUGUGUCAAGGUAACAUGGGCACAUAGUGGCGAUAAGAACCAUUGCAAGGUUGUAAACAAAUUCCCAUGCCGUUGUCCAUUUUGCCCGAACAGAUCUGAAAGUAUUGGAUAGGUCUCAACAAUGGACACAUUUCCGCACGAGGGCCAUGCGCGCUAGUUGGUGGCGGAACACGGGAGUUAUUCUAGAAUGCCAGCGUAAAAAGCCUCUAUUUACAUGUUGCUUAUGAAUGCAUUUCACACUACUUUUGGAUUAUAAUUGGAUUUUAAGGCUCGCGUGAAUGUCCCGCUUUAUAUAAUAUGUGUGUCAUCAUCGCAAAUCAACUGCAUUAUACUUUAAAAAAACACUUCAACUUCAACCAGUAAAAUGGCUCUUUGGCAAUGAGCGUUAGCAUUCUAGCGAACAACUGCUGCAUCCAAAAUAGUUAUUUUGCAACGAUCACAACCAAAUGUAAUGUUAGCGACUGUUCAAGCACUGUAAAGGUUAUUUUGUUUAGAAGUAAUAAAAAAUGUAAUAUAGUCUAUGUUGAAUGAGCGCAGCCAAGAGUGGCGCACAUCUGUGGGUGACGUCAGUGUGUUGUGUACUGGAAAGGGGUCUAUGUCCUAGUGUUGCACGGUAUACCGGUACCACGGUAGUAUCACAGUACCAAAACGUCAUGAUACCAACAUUUAAAAAAUACCAGUACUACCACAUAUUUCGCCCCCACCGAUCUAAAGAACCCACUGGCGCCUGUUAUAAAGUCCGUUUUGUUUAUAAAUACAGUUUAAUGUAAGCAACAGGAUCUAGUCUUGUAUGUGCCAGUCCAAUAAAGUCCACUUCACUUUCAUGCGCAUAUCACGUGUGGCACCUGUAAUCUGCCAGCCACAUCCCCUAUAAGCCCUUUCUCACCUGCUUUUCUCCUUCUGCACUUCCUGCACAUCUAUUUCAUCAGUUUUUAAAAUAUAAUUUAGCUGUGAUGGCAAGCGGGGAUGCAGACCCUGAAUCCAGGUUUGAUAAUUAUUGGUUUGAUAAGAAAAAAAACGUUGUUCAGUCAUGUUACCUAGCUAACAAUCUUGUAACUUGACAGUAGGUCUAGCAAAAUGAUCUGCUACUCAUGAGAUGUGCCUCAAAAGGUAGGAUUUAUAUAGGCCUAAUGUAAGACUAAACUAUACUAAACAAAAAUAUAAAUGCAACAAUUAAAACUAUUUUACAGUUCAUGUAAGGAAAUCAGUCAAUUUUAAAUAAAUUCAUUUGGCCUCAAUCUAUAGAUUUCAAAUGCCUGGGCAGGAACGCAGCCAUGGGAGGCCAUAGGCCCAUCCACUUGGGAGAGUGUCCCACCCACUGGGGAGCAAUGCCCAGCCAAUUUUCCCCACAAAAGGGCUUUAUUAUAGACCAAAAUACUCCUCAGUUUCAUCAGCUGUCCAGGUGGCUGGUCUCAGACGAUCCCGCAGAUGAAGAAGCAUGAUGUGGAGGUCCUGGGCUAGCAUGGUUACACGUGGUCUGCGGUUGUGAGGCCGGUUGGAUGUACUGCCAAAUUCUCUAAAACGACAUUGGUAGAGAAAUUCAUUCAAUUCUCUGGCAACAGCUCUGGAGGACAAUCCUGUAGUCAGCAUGCCAAUGCCACACUCCCUCAAAACUUAAGACAUCUGUGGCACUGUGUUGUGUGACAAACUGCACAUUUUAGAGUGACUCAUUCAAAUCAAGUUUAUUUAUAAAGUCCUUCUUACAUUAGCUGAUAUCUCAAAAUGCUGUACAGAAACCCAGCCUAAAACCCCAAAGAGCAAGCAAUGCAGGUGUAGAAGCACGGUGGCUAGGAAAAACUCCCUAGAAAGGCCAGAACCUAGGAAGAAACCUAGAGAGGAACCAGGCUAUGAGGGGUGGCCAGUCCUCUUCUGGCUGUGCUGGGUGGAGUGACCCUUUAUUGUCCCCAGCACAAGUUGCAUCUGUGUAAUGAUCAUGCUGUUUAAUCAGCUUCUUGUUAUGCCACACCUGUCAGGUGGAUGGAUUAUCUUGGCUAAGGAGAAAUGCUCACUAACAGGGAUGUAAACAUAUUGGAGAGAAAUAAAAUAUCCCAUAUGCACAGAAAUCUUAUUUCAGCUCAUGAAACAUGGGAUCAACACUUUACAUGUGGCAUUUGUAUUUUUGUUCAGUAUAUAAAAAAAAUCUCUUUCUGGUGCCCCUUAAAUUAUGCUUGGUGAUUAACGUUUUUAAAGUUGGGAGCAGUGUGUGUAUGUGUUUGUGGGAGAGAGAGCAGUGUGUGUUUAUGAGAGAGGGAGACAGUGUGUGUGAGGGAUGGAGGGAGAGAGUGUAUGGGUCUCUUAACUGAAGAGUAAAGAAAAUGUAAUGUAGUGUUUUCCCCUUACUGCCACAAUGACAUGCAGAUCAUUAUGCAUGUAUAUUCCUUCCUCCCAUUCCCCCAACCAAAUCACAGGUAGGCCUUUACAAAUAUGAUCAAAUCAGCCAUUUCUAUGCAGUAUUCUAUUAUACAAGUGAACAGUGUGAAGUUAAAUUCAAUAUGUGUUGUAUUGAGUAGAAGUGUGAAUAUCAGUGAGAGGUUUUUUGUGUAGCAUAAGCACAUAACGUUUAGAAACAUGAACAAGCGUCAGUGGGGGAUGGGGCGAACAGGACGCUAGGCAGCUCUGAAUUUUUCCCCCCGUGGUGUUGCAAUACUACUCGAUAUUGUGAUACUUGGGUUGAUAUCAUAUCGUUAGUAAAAUGUUGGUAUUGUGACAACACCAAAAUGUAACCUAGUGUCAGGUUAGAUUUGGGUGUGCGUCGGGAAAGGCUAUUGAGUAGUAGAGGUGGCCAUUCUAUCUACUGGACCGGGUGGUCAUACAAAGUUCUUCAGAAGGACCAUUGAGAGACUGCAGAAUGCAAAUGGAUGGCCAUGAAAGGAGAUAACAAGAUGGAGCGGUUACACACAUUCUGUGGGUCAGGUAGUACUUAUUUUCUCUAUUUUCCCAAAUGAUUUAAUGGCUCUUAGUUUUGUUUUUUCCCCCACCAACUCCUCACUUGAUGAACUGAUGGUGAAGACAUUAGUUUAUGUUCUUCCAUGUAGGAAAUAUUAAUUGGAUAAAUGCUUUCUUUGAGAUGGUGUUCAUUUAAAUGUUAAAAUGAAUAAAUGCCUUCUUGUUGUCAAA